AUGGCCGAGAGGACGGUGCCCUUCUCCCUGGAGCGCUCUCGCAGCUGGGACCCCUUCGCUGAUCGCCACAGCCGCAUUUUUGACCAGUGUUUUGGGAUGCCUGCAUUGACAGAAGAGGCUCUCCUCACCACUCACUGGCCCGGAUACUUCAGGCCCUCAGUCCUGGCUCCAGACCUGAGCCCCCUGAUGUCCCUGAUGCACCCAGGACCUGCCCUGGCCCGACAGUUGAGCAGUGGAACGUCCCAGAUCCAGCAGACCAAGGACAGCUGGAAGGUGUCUCUGGAUGUCCAGCACUUCUCCCCCGAGGAGCUGGUGGUCAAGACCAAGGACGGUGUAUUAGAGAUCAGUGGGACACAUGAGGAGAGGGAGGACCAGCACGGCUUUGUGUCCAGGAAAUUCACCCGGAAAUACACUCUUCCAUCAUCUGUCGACGCAGAGAAGGUCACCUCAGCCCUGUCCCCAGAGGGAGUGCUCACUGUCCAGGCCCCGCUGGUCGCACCUGCCCUGGAGGCUUCUAAGACCACCACUGCAGUCACAGAUGACAACAAAGCGGCAAAGAAGAAGUAG